UCUAUCUCUUCUAAUUUAAUAGUCCUUAUCUAUCUAUAGGUUGAUAUAAACUACUGGUAUACUCCAUAUAUAUUAUUUGCUGAUAAAAAGUCGUGUCCAAAAGUCCAAAUUUUUACAGUCUAAAAAUUUUUCAAUUUUUCUUUGGAGACAGUUAACGAUUUAUUACUUGACUUGAACAUAUAAACUAUAACUACCAGAUCAAUAAACAUGGCCAGACAAAACUUUGUAGGUCUUGUGGUGUCGCAAGGGAAGAUGGCUAAGACCGUUAAGGUCAGAGUUCAAGGGAAAGUUUAUGAUACCAAGAUCCAUAAAGAAGUUAUUAAAAGAAAAGAUUAUUUAGUUCAUGAUGAAGGUGAAUUAUGUAAAGAAGGAGAUAUUGUUAGAAUUGAAUCUAUACCUAAAGUCUCCAAGAGGAAAGCGUUUGCCAUUGCUGAGAUCAAAGUGAAUCAAGGUCAACAAUUUGCAUUAUAUGAAAAAUUAGCUAAACAAAAAGUUUCCCAAGAUGAAAAAUUAAAACAACAAGAAACCAUUCAAAAUAAAUCCAAUUUAGAAGCUACAACCAAUCGAAUAAAUGAUUUAAGAAAAUUAGAUGAUUUUGCUAAUAUAUAUCAAACUUCAAAUGUAUCAGAUGAAGAAAAAGCCAAACUUUUAGCUGAUAUAAAUGCUAUAAAGGAAAAAUAUAAUAUUAAAUCAUGGCCAUCAAAUGAGGCGUUAUUAAAUUUAAAGAUUAAUGAAUCUGAAGUUGAACAUCAAGGACUUGAAGUUAAAAUUGUUGAACUUCAAAAGAGAAGAUUGAAUUUGGAUGCUAUACUUGAAAAGUUUUUAUCGGAUGAAUUAGUGGAAACUAGAAAUUCAGUAUUAUCAAGUUUAACCAAGAGUUCAACUGACCAAUUAAAGAAGUAUACUGUAAAGAAUUUAUUAAGAAAGUAUGUUUUAAAUGUUGAAAAUGAAAUACCAUUUUCAUAUUAGGAUAAAGAGGGGUACAUUUCUACUGGAGAUUUCGAUCCUUAUUGUAUAGUAUAGCAUAGCAUAAAGUAGAGUGCACCAUCUCCUCUUCCUCCUUCUCCUUCUCCUUCUCCUUCUUCUACUCCUGUCAAAUAGAAUCCAUGUAUAUAGACACACCCAUAUCACAUCCAAAUAUACACUACCAAAUUAUACAAUCUGAUAAUUCAAUUUUAAAUUAAUUUCUCGUAAAUUUCGUUCUGUCAUCACCCGUUAAAAUUAAAUUUAUUCUUUGUUCGCUAUCAACCAUCAUCACAAAUUUAAUUUAAAAUGAGGCUGCUGCUAAU